AUGAAGGCUAAGGCAGAGGCUAUGAAAGAACUGAGCAUCGGUGCAGGAUAUUGGCUGGUUUGCUGCGCAUGGCUUUUGACAAUUGGACCACUUAGUGGUAUUGAGGGCGGAUGUGGCAAUCGGGAGGCCCACAAAUGCUGCCCAGGUCGGAAUAAUGACUGCUUGGAUUUCUCUCGGAGGAGAACACCAUGCUACUGUGACAACUACUGUGAGAAAACAGGGGACUGUUGUGAAGAUUAUCAUGCCAUCUGUCAAGUGUCGGCCGUUGACUGUGUGGUCGGCCUUUGGGGACCCUGGAGUGAGUGCAGUGCCUUGUGUGGGACCGGGAGCAAAGACCGGAUGCGACAGGUUAUCGUGCCACCUCGGAAUGGAGGAACCCCAUGUCCGGAUCUAAAACAGAGAAGAGGGUGCCUUGGGGACAGCCCGUUAUGUGAAACGGCAAAAGAGGUGGCUAAGAUUCUGCCUAAUUCUUUUAAAAGGGACUUCAAGGACCCCUGGAGAAGACCUCACAUGCUGAUGAGGGAAAAAAUGCCAAGUUACUGUAUCUACUUCCGUCUGAAGCAGGUGGGAGCAGCCUGCAACCUGCAUUUCUGGAGCAGCCAGUUGGUGAGAGAAAGGCGCGUCUGCGUGGAGUGCCAAGGGGAUGCUGUGGGAAGCAAGAAAAGAUGUCAAGGGGAUGGCCUGCAGGGAGCCAGAACUUUCUGGACUGCUGCUUCCGUUGCUGGCUGCCAGGGCUCUUGGGUGCAGGAGUCUUCACAGGGAAUCUGUGUGUGUCCUCCGCAUUCCUUCAUCUUUGUAUGA